AGAACAGGUUCACAUGUUCUAUUUCCAUCCAGUCAGAAGGUAUGAGAUGUGUAGUUACCGUAUGUCCAUGGCUCCACAUGUAGAAUCGCUGGUGUUGUAACCUUGGUUGAUCAAUUUCUUCGCUUGAAACAGCUUAAAAGAGGAAAAUGCAGGCUGCUAUGGAUAUCACGUCCAAGUACUGUCAUAAAGAAAUGGAGGCUUAUGGGUCAUGUGUGGCCUCCAACCCCUCAACAUGGCAGCAAAACUGCCAUGAACUGAAGAUGAAGGUUGCACAGUGUACAUCAUCACACCCAGUGAUCCAGAAGAUCAGGCAGGACUGUUCUAAGGAGUUUGUGGAGUUUGAGCGCUGCUUGAGAGAAAACCAGGACAAGCCUGCCUCCUGCUCACCACAUGUGGCUCGCUUUCUGGGCUGUGCAGAGACAGUGGACCUCAGUGGAGUGGCUGCAAACCUUUUACCUCAGCCAUCAUAGCAGUCUUCCAUCACCAGAUGACGCUUGUCUUCACAGCAGCACAGGUGGGCUGGUUUCUUAUGUAUCCCAGCCAUGAUACUUGAUAUACCGUGACUGCUGAAAUAUCAGUUUUGUCAAAUAACGUGACUAUUUGUCUUCAAAAAUAAGAUACAGCACAUUGAUGCUACAUCACUGUGAGCAAGAUGGUUUAUGUCGAAUAUUUAAUUACUGUAUCAGUGUUUUGCUCUUCAUCCAAGUGUGUAAAAAUCAUAUUUAUGCUUGUCUGUAUGCAAGGAAGUCUUGGUUUGUACUGUUUUUUUAUUUCAUUAAAACUGAUGGUGGGCUUGUAUUAUUCA